AUGGGAACAAGCCGCGUCGCCCUCCACCACCACCUCUUUCUCCUUUCCGUCGUGCUCCUCGUUGGCACGCCCGCGGAGGGCCUUGUCCGCGUCACGCUGAAGAAGCUACCGGUCGGCGAGAACCGCCUUGUCACCGGAGAGGGCGCUCAGAGCCUCCUCGCGCAGCGCCACGGCCUUGUGUUUAACGAGGAGCCGCAGCCACCGCCAAAGAGCGAUAUCGUAAUACUGAAGAACUACCUGAACGCUCAGUACUACGGCGAGGUCGGCAUCGGAAUGCCGCGGCAGAACUUCACCGUCAUCUUCGACACUGGCAGCUCCAACCUUUGGGUGCCCUCCUCCGAGUGCUACUUCUCGACUGCAUGCUACCCACACAAGAGCUAUAGAGCCAGCUGGUCGAGCACGUACACGAAGAAAGGAAAAAGGGUAUCAAUUCAUUACGGAACUGGUGCAAUUGUGGGCUAUAUUAGCCAAGACAGUGUGCAAGUUGGUGGUAUAGUUGUGAAAAAACAGGAUUUUAUUGAAGCUGCCUUGAAGCCAAGUAUUACUUUCAUGCUUGCAAAAUUGGACGGCAUUCUUGGUCUUGGGUUUAAAGAAAUCUCGGUUGGCGGUGCAGAACCUGUUUGGUAUAACAUGGUUAACCAAGGUCUGGUUGGUAGCCCCGUCUUCUCAUUCUGGUUCAACCAUCAUGCUGGUAGAGGGAAGGGAGGAGAAAUAGUUUUUGGAGGAGUCGAUCCUAAUCAUCACAAGGGAAGGCAUACGUAUGUCCCUAUUACUAAGAAGGGAUACUGGCAGUUUGAUAUGGGCGACGUCUUGAUCGGAGGAAACUCCACAGGAUUAUGUAAAUCUGGUUGUGGAGCAAUAGUAGACUCGGGAACUUCAUUGCUUACUGGCCCCACGGCGAUAGUUACUGAAAUUAAUUGGAAGAUUGGUAUACCUGGGACAACGAGCAAAGCGUGCAAGACCGUUGUUUCUAAGUUUGGGCGGCGGAUAGUGGAUUUGCUGCGAAAGGAGGUAUUGCCAAGAAGGGUAUGUGACUUAGUCGGUUGCUGUUUCCUUGUUGGGCCUCAUGGUGUAAGCGGUGGUAUUCAAAGGGUACAAGAAGAAGUUGGGACAUCAAAUAUUUUUCUUUUGUGCAAAGCUUGUGAGCACGUUGUUCAUUGGGCGGUGAAGAAAAUUUCACAGAAUGAAACUGACGAUUCUAUAUUGCACAGCAUUAACGAGGCAUGUUUCCUAACUUGUUUAACUUUGCAGAUGUGUGACGAUAUUCCUACCCCUAUGGAAGAAUCAUCCGUGGACUGCGGAGAACUUAAAUCCAUGCCUGAUGUCACCUUCUCCAUCGGGGACAAAAAGUUUGAUCUCAAACCUGAACAAUACAUAUUGAAGAUUGGUGAGGGUGAUGCUACCCAGUGCAUCACUGGAUUCUCAGCUAUGGAUGUUCCUCCUCCCGGUGGCCCUCUCUGGAUCUUGGGGGAUAUAUUCAUGGAAGCCUACCACACCGUUUUCGACUAUGGAAAUAUGAAGAUUGGGUUCGCCGAGGCAGCAUAG